AUGGCACACCGAAUACGUCGUGGUUCAAUGGAACAUUUAGAACUUUACGAUUUAGAUAAAUUCACAUUAUUAUCAUCAAAUCGUCAAUUACGUCCACCUUUACCACCUCCACGUAAAUAUCGAUGCCGUCUACCAGCAAAGCAAACUUUCGAACGUUAUCGUUUUCUUUGUGAUACGAAACGUCUUGCUACAGAUCCGAUUUAUGCUGCUACGCCAAUGUUUACAAUAAUACCACAAUCAACACCAGUAAAACAUCCUCGACGCUUACUUGGUGCUCGUGUGCCUUCAGAUAUUAUUAAACCUCGAUCGACUACAUCUUCCGAAUCUUCAGAGUCACAGGGUGCUGAAAGAAAUAAUAAUACAAAAGAAGAAGAAAGUAACGAUGAUGAUGAUGAUCAUCAAAAUGCCAUUAAUGAUAAUAGUAAGAAAAAUGAUAACGACAAUGAUAGUGAAAGUUCAUCAGGCAGUAGAGAUGAUGAUGGAAUUGAUGAUAUUAUUAAUAAUGACGAUGAUAAUUUCGAUGAUGAUGAUAAUAAUCAAGGAAUCGUUGAAUCAAUCUUCAACCCGGAUAAAAAUACGUCAUAA